CCGUUGGGUAAGAAAGAAAUUGAGAGGAAGCUAUAAGCAUAUUUCGGCGACAGAGAAAUCGUGAGAUAAGAGUGGAGAACCAGUUCAUGUCAAUGGAGAGAUUGCAGAGAAUGUUUGCCGGAGCCGGUGGCGCGUUGGGCCACCCGCCGCCGGAUUCACCAACCCUCGACACCUCGGAGCAAGUCUACAUUUCCUCUCUCGCUCUUCUGAAGAUGCUCAAACACGGGAGGGCUGGUGUUCCGAUGGAAGUUAUGGGAUUGAUGCUCGGCGAGUUUGUGGAUGAGUACACAGUUCGGGUUGUCGAUGUCUUUGCGAUGCCUCAGAGUGGUACUGGUGUAAGUGUUGAAGCUGUUGACCAUGUCUUUCAGACAAACAUGCUUGAUAUGCUCAAACAAACUGGAAGGCCAGAAAUGGUUGUAGGCUGGUACCAUUCACAUCCUGGCUUUGGCUGUUGGCUUUCUGGUGUUGAUAUAAACACCCAACAGAGUUUUGAAGCUCUGAAUCAACGAGCGGUUGCAGUUGUCGUAGACCCAAUUCAGAGUGUCAAAGGAAAGGUGGUUAUUGAUGCAUUUCGUCUGAUUAAUCCGCAGACCAUGAUGCUUGGCCAAGAGCCGAGACAGACGACAUCAAACCUCGGGCAUCUUAACAAACCAUCGAUUCAGGCUUUGAUUCAUGGGUUGAACCGACAUUACUACUCGAUAGCUAUCAACUACAGGAAAAAUGAAUUGGAGGAGAAGAUGCUACUUAACCUUCACAAGAAGAAAUGGACUGACGGGUUGACACUCCGUAGGUUUGAUACCCACUCCAAAACCAAUGAGCAGACCAUCCAGGAGAUGCUGAAUCUCGCCAUAAAGUACAACAAGGCAGUGCAAGAAGAGGACGAGUUGCCGCCGGAAAAACUGGCGAUUGCAAAUGUGGGAAGACAGGAUGCGAAGAAGCACCUGGAAGAACAUGUCUCAAACCUCAUGUCCUCAAACAUCGUCCAGACUCUCGGGACAAUGCUCGAUACGGUUGUCUUCUAGAAUGUUCUCUCCUGUUAUCUCUCUUCUCCUUUAGAUACAUAGGCGGCGAGAAGAACUCAAUUUUCAGUUUUAGCGCCGAAUCAUUCAGCAUGUAACUGCCAUUGCAUAUUGAAUCUGCUAGUCCCUAUUGGAUUUUUUGGUUUCGGACUUUGAAGUUCGCCGGUUUCUGUUUCAUGGUUGGUUUGUAUCCGAAAUUCGGAUUCGGGUUUUGUUUAAACAAAAAUCGUAUAGAAUGGGUCUGUCUUUGGUUGGAUUUUAUUUAUA